AUGGCAGAGCUACAAUUGUCUCGCUUUCUUUUGAUCUUUUUGGUUCUUCUCCCUCACUCCCUGGCACAGCAAUGUUGGAGGAAUACUUCCUGUUCGGGUCCAACGGAGAGUGCGUUUUCUGGACCAUGGGAGCAGAACAUUUAUGCACCUUCGUCUAGAACUGUCAAGCCUAAACGGAUUCUCUCGACUACGAAUACAAAUACAAGCAACUAUACUGAAUCACAAAUACCUACCCUACGCGGCAAUGGUUCACCGGUUGUAUUCGACUUUGGCCUCGAGGUCGGUGGUAUCGUCACUUUGAAUUAUACCUCGACAGGCAACGGGGCUCUCGGACUGGCGUUCACAGAAGCGAAAAACUGGAUUGGAGAGUGGUCAGACUCAUCUAAUGGCGGUUUUAAAGGUCCGGAUGGUGCGAUAUACGCCAAUUUUACAAAAGCCGGGGAUGGGACGUAUGUCAUGCCGGACGAGAAACUGCGCGGUGGUUUUCGGUAUAUGACGGUCUUUCUGAUAGCGAGCGAUUCGGUCGAGGUUCGAAUUGAGGGCAUUAGCUUGGAGCUUGCGUUUCAGCCUACCUGGUCGAAUCUACGGGCAUAUCAAGGAUAUUUCUAUUCGGAUGACGAGCUGCUGAAUCGCAUCUGGUAUAGCGGAGCUUACACACUCCAGACUAAUGCGGUUCCUGUAGAUACGGGGCGUCAGGUUCCUAUGGUCAAUGAAGGAUGGGCAAACAAUGGUACAUUGGGGCCUGGAGAUACUAUAAUUGUGGAUGGAGCCAAGCGUGAUCGAGCUGUGUGGCCGGGAGACAUGGGCAUUGCUGUUCCUUCAUCCUUUGUCAGCACUGGGGAUCUGGAAAGUGUGAAGAACGCUCUUCAAGCGAUGUAUGACACACAGGAUCAAUCAACAGGUGCUUUUGAUGAAUCAGGACCACCGCUGAGCCAAAAAGAUUCAGACACGUACCAUAUGUGGUCGAUGGUUGGUACCUACAACUACAUACUUUACACUGAAGACACCGAUUUUCUUUCCAAAAAUUGGAAUGGCUAUCAGAAGGCUAUGAAUUAUAUCUACGGAAAGAUGGAUAACUCGAGUGGUUUGUUGAAUGUUACCGGCACUCGUGACUGGGCCCGCUGGCAACAAGGCUAUAAUAAUUCGGAGGCCCAAAUGAUUCUAUAUCAUACCCUAAGGACAGGUGCAUACCUCGCAUCUUGGGCAGGACAUGCUACACAGUUGGCAGACACAUGGAACUCGAGGGCUGACAGUCUGCGAAUAGUGAUCAACCAAUACUGCUGGGAUGAUGAAUAUGGUGCAUUCAAAGACAACGCAACGGAAACAGCUUUACAUCCACAGGACGCGAAUAGCAUGGCCCUACUUUAUGGAGUUGUCGACAAGGAACGUGCAGCUAGAAUUUCAGAGAGACUGACCGACAACUGGACCCCUAUAGGUGCUGUCACCCCAGAGCUUCCUGAAAACAUAUCUCCGUUCCUAUCUUCCUUUGAGAUCCAAGGCCAUUUUACUGUUGGGCAGCCUGCGCGAGCACUGGAACUCAUCCGACGAAGCUGGGGCUGGUACAUCAACAAUCCUAACGGCACUGAGAGCACUGUAGUCGAGGGAUAUCUUCAAAAUGGCACGUUUGGAUACCGGUCCAGCCGUGGAUAUGAUUACGAAGAGUCCUAUAUUUCUCAUGCUCACGGGUGGUCGGCAGGACCGACAUCUGCUUUGACGAACUACAUCCUCGGGCUCUCUAUCACGUCUCCACGGGGAUCGACGUGGAAGAUUGCACCACAAUUUGCGGACUUGAGGUCUGUCGAAGGAGGAUUUACAACGUCGCUUGGAAAAUUCCAUGCUUCCUGGGUGAAAGGAUCGAAGGGAUACACGCUGGAUUUUUCGGUGCCAGCAGGGACAAAGGGGAAUCUCACUUUGCCGUAUGUUGAGAGCUCGAAGAAACCAUCCAUUAUGAUUGAUGGAAAUAAUGUGACAAGGGGAGUGUAUUAUAUUGACGAAACAGCCACUGUUACUGUCAGCGGAGGGGGUUCGUACAAAGUAAUUGUCAGCUGA